GUAUGUUGCGUUUCGCAGCGCUUCAGACAGAAAGCAGGCUGAAGGAAGGCGGAGGUGAACUCGACGGACAGAAUAAAAGAGUUUAAACAUGAAAACCAUGUUUAAACUCGCUGUAGUCGCUCUUGUGCUUCUCAGCGCCAUCUGUUUUGCCAAAAAAUCUCCCCCCAAAGUGCAGGUGUACAGCCGCAAUCCUGGAGAGUAUGGGAAAAAAAACGUGUUGAUCUGCUACGUGAGCGACUUUCACCCCCCUGACAUCACCAUUACGCUCAAGAAGAACGGGCAGGAGAUCCAGAACAGCCAUCAGACCGACCUGGCCUUCGAGCAGGGCUGGAAGUUUCACCUGACCAGAUAUGUGGACUUCACCCCCCAGCUGGGAGAGGACUACACCUGCGAAGUCAAUCACAUGAACGAGAAAAAGUCCUACACAUGGGAAGCUGACAUGUGAACAUACACCAAUUCCUGGAAAUAAAAGAGUUCUUUCUCUUCAGCUUCUCCCCAAAACUCCGAUCCUGCUUUGAUUUCUGUAUUUAAUUGAGUAGUGUCCAGUCCUGCGGGGUUCAGCUCUGGGUGUGUUUAACGGUAGAUUGGCCCUUGACGUCGUAUCUCAGGGGUGUCUGAUCCUGAUCGAGGACGGCCGACGCUCUGCGUUUAAUUCUGCACCUUAAUUCUAGCACUAAUCAAGCACUCCGGACCCAGGACGGGACAGCCCCGCUGUAGGACAUUCUGCCCGUGUUUCAGACAGCAAUACGUUUUCUUUUACACGAUGAAGACAAACCUUUAUAUUUAGGCUGAGCUUUAUUAUUAUUGUUAUUGUUUUGCUGUGUAUCUUGAUAUAAUUGGUGUGGUGACUGCUGAAGAACAUUCACUAUAUGCCUGCAGUAUAUAUCAGCGAUUUUCUAAAAACUUAAUUUAAGCCUUAAUUUAGUCUUCACGACAUGAGCACUUAAACAUCUUAAUGUUAUUUUAAAAUGUACCUGAAAUUAAUUGAAAGAGUGAAAGAGUCGGGAUCAGUGACUUCUUGAGAGUUUAAUUGUUAUAAUUUGCGCAUACACUGGCUCAAACUUGUUUUUAAUGUUUAAUAGCCUCCAGCUUUUGCAAAGAUUUAUUGUCUCCAUAAAUUUGUAAAAAUCGUCGACAAAAGGUUUAAAAAUUGAAAUGUAGGCCAAAUUAUGUUCAUGGUCAUUGACUGUACAAUUCAUAAUGCCUUGUAAUUUGGUUCAAUAAAUAUUUUUCUUUCUUAA